AUGGCCCCCAUCACCGGUCCCCUGUUUCCUUACCGCGACAUCAACUUGCGUGUUAGCAACGAUGCCUACACCUUUACCUCCCCAUCCUCACCCAAUGCCCCGGCAUUGGUUCUCGACCGCCCUACCGGUGAUGUCAGCCUGACUGAGCCCUCUCUACAAACCAGCAAACGCGCUACUCGCGUAUCCAGCAUUGCCGGUAUUCUCGGCGUCAUUCAGCUCAAGCUCGACAAAUAUGUCGUCAUCAUCAACAAGACCAAGCCCGUCGGCCGUCUUAAAGGCCAGAUGGUUUACAAGGUCCUCGCCGCCGAGAUCCUACCCAUGCGCGAGCGCCAGAUUCACGAUCCCGAUGAGGAUACCUUUGUCCGCCUCCUCGACACUUUCCUCCAAAAGGCACCCCUCUACUUCUCCUACUCCCUCGACCUGACAAAUUCGUUUCAAAGGCAGUCCCAGGCCGACACCACCAAACCACUCUGGAUGCGUGCCGACGACCGCUUCUUCUACAACAGAUUUCUCCAGUCAGACCUCGUCGACUUCCGCAACCUCGGCUCCCGCGCCCAGCCUGGCGCCCAACCCGCCAUCGACCCCUACAUUCUGCCUUGUAUGUUUGGCAUGUUUGAGACAAAGCAGACGAAAUUCAAGGGCACACCCCUCAGCCUGACCCUCAUCUCUCGUCGAUCGAGAUACCGUGGUGGUACCCGAUUCUUCACCCGUGGCGUUGAUGAGGACGGUCAUGUCGCCAAUUAUAACGAGACAGAGCAAAUUGUUAUUCUCAACGAGGCUAGCACUGGGAUGGGCGGCUUCGUUGGCAGUACCGACAUGCAGAGCGGCAAGCUCGGUGGUACCGACGGCAACGACAUGCAAAUCAUGUCCUACGUUCAGACUCGAGGUAGUGUUCCCACGUACUGGGCCGAGAUCAACAGCUUGCGUUAUACACCCAAACUGCAAGUCCGCUCCACCGAAGCUGCUACCGGCCCCGCCGCCCGUCAUUUCGACGAGCAGAUUCGCAUUUACGGCGACAACUACCUCAUCAAUCUGGUCAAUUCCAAGGGCCGUGAACGCAAUGUCAAGGAGUCAUAUGAGAAGAUGUGCGAAUCAUUAUCUAGAGCCGGAAGUGUUGCCGAUGUCACCAACGAAAAGUUCACCGUGACCCCCAGCAGCAACAGCCGCAAUCACUUUGACAGGAUUCAUUACGUCUACUUUGACUUUCACACUGAAACCAAAGGUAUGAGAAUGGACAAGGCCUACAAUCUGGUCACACGCAUGCACGAAGAGCUUGAGAAACAAUCAUACUUCCGGGGCGUGGAUAUGCCCGGUGGUCUUGACGACAAGCUCGAGGCCCGCAGUCUGCAGACGAGCGUCAUGCGCACCAACUGCAUGGAUUGCCUCGACCGCACCAAUGUUGUCCAGAGCAUGUUUGCUCGUGCUGUCCUCGACCGAAUUUUCAGCGAACUCGGCCUCAUGCCCCGCGGUGCGUCCUUCCGUGACGAGGACCCCGACUUUGAAUUCCUCUUCCGCAACCUCUGGGCUGACAAUGCCGAUAUCGUCUCUGGCUCCUACUCCGGCACUGGAGCCAUGAAGACGGAUGUCACCCGUACGGGUAAGCGCACCAAGCUCGGUGCUCUUCAGGACGGACGCAUUGGUAUCACUCGCUAUUUCCUCAACAAUUUUCUCGACGGUCCUCGCCAGGAUAGCUUUGAUCUCUUUCUAGGUGCCUACCAACCAGGCAAGUCUGGCGUCGGCCUGGGUCGCAUCUUUGUCGACAGGCGUCCCAUCCUGAUCCAGUCCAUCCCAUACCUGCUCGCUUUUAGCACCUUUAUCGUCAUGAUUGGCAUCUUCACCAAGCGCGAGCCAGACGCUAGGGUCCUGCCCAUGCGCCUCUUUAUUCUCUUUUGGACCGCCGUGGCAGCUUGGUGUAUGCACUUUAUCCUCGGACACGGCAUGCUUUACGUCAAUUGGCCCAUACUCAACCCUCGUCCUUUUGCCUCGGAAGGCUACAACGAGCACUACUCCAAAGCACGCAAGGACGCACUACUGGGCAGCUUUGUAGCCCGCCAUGAGCGCGGUCUCAGCACGGCACGCUUCCUUAGUGCCGAGGAAGGCAAAAAGAGAAUUGAGUAA